AAAUCAUUUCUUUGUUCAAGAUCAAAGUUAGAGAUCUGAGAUAACAUUAAAUGAAUUGUUUAAUCACAUUCAGCAUAUUUUAAGUUAAAAGAAGUCACCAAACCAGAAAUCACCAUGCAGAACGGCACGUAUCCUUGGAUGGCAUCUUCUUCCUUAACACAGAAGAGUUGGCCACCAGGCUACCAGGCAAGUUUGACUGAUCUUUUUCUGAAGAAAAAUCCUCUUCAUUUUGGCACUGGGAUUUCUCAGUUAGCAGCUGCAUCUAAUUACAUAGAAAAAAUGUCAACUAUUAAUGAUCAACCUCCAAAAUGUCCUCAUCCUGAUGCCAAAGAUAAACCAUAUCCAUGUGAUAUAUGCCAGCAGUACUUAAAUCUGUGUAAUAGUCUUCGAAACGACGGCACACCAGCGAAUUCUGCUCGACAGAGUACCAGUCCUGUGAUGGCAAAUUCUCCUUCUGAAAGAAAACCAAUGAAUCUUAUGCCAAAUGCUCCUACUCAUAAUAUUAUUCCCACAAGUGGCAUUCAUCCUACAAUGAGUGUACAUCCGGGGCCGCCUCCGAACUUGCAAAACACGAAGCCCCGGCCGAUACCCACAAAGCAGUUUCCUUGUCCCGUGUGUCAUAAAUUAUUUACACAGAAAGGAAAUUUAAAGACUCACAUGAUGAUACAUACCGGAGAAAAGCCUUAUGCAUGUCAAGCGUGUGGUAAAAGUUUUACUCAAAAGGGCAAUGUCGAUACACACAUGAAAAUUCAUACUGGAGAAAGAGAAUAUGGUUGUGAAGCGUGUGGGAAACGGUUUACCCAGAAAGGUAAUUUAAAGACUCAUAUACGAAGUGUGCACACAAAAGAAAAGCCUUUUGCAUGUGGUUUAUGUGGGAAAUGUUUUUCUCAAAAGGGUAACAUGCAGACUCAUUUAAGAACACACAACAAAGAUGACCGAUUUCCAUGUACACUUUGCGGAAAAACAUUCUCUCAGAAAGGAAAUCUGAAAACACACAUGGCCCGCCAUGCAGGUCAGAUACCAACAAAACGCCAGUUUGGGUCACGCCUUGCUAACCGGACUUACGUCGGGCAGUUGGUGAAAGCUGGUCAGCCAACAGUGCCUCGUAUGCAACCUUUUCCCAUCCAGCCGUCUCCUGUUUCUUCUCAAGCAUCUACCACAUCUCCGUUGAAUUCCCCGACCACCCCGCAGCCUCUGUCUACGUCGACGCAGAAUAAUCCCGAUAUCUGUAGUCCACACCAAAGUUUAGGCAAUCCAUAUUCAGAAUCUCCUAUUGACUUAAAACCUCCACUGAAUUGUCAUCUUCCACUUUCUAGACCCAUGUCUUGUAAUCAACCAUCUGGUAUCAACUCUCCUAGUCCGCACCCAUCACAUUUAUCUAGCCCUUCGCCCGACGAAGAACCCAAUUCUCGACCGUUUAUCCACAGUAAGUUAUUCCAACAUACGAAUAAUGUACAUAGCCCAAAUUACAUGAAUGAUCAUUUACAAGAAAUGCAUCCCAAUGGUGGUUUAAUACCCAAUUCUCAACAGACGAGGAUAACGAGCCCCCUACCGGUCGGAACUCCCAACCAUCUCCAGAAUCACGAACGUGAUUCUCGACCGUUCUACUCGGCUCCUCCGACGCCCAUUCCCGCUCCCAUGACCCCGGUUUCCAGAUGGCUGCCGCACGGCUCAACGCGGCAUUAUGACUCGUUUCAGUCCCACGCUGCUCUUGGGUGUUACAGUUCUAUAGCUCCACAUACAACUCCAUUGUCACGUUUAUCCUUGUUAGCUUCUGGUUCUAUAAAUUCUCAGAACCAGAAUAAUCAGCAGUUGGAGAACGGUGAAGAAAUGGAACCAAAAGAAACUGAGCCUAUUCAGCAGCAUUCGCAGGAACAUUUUCAUUCACCCAAUAAUCCCGACUUCUCCCAACUGCUGGAUUGAAGUUGCAUUUCUCUUUAUACAUCAAGCUUUGGACUCCAGUGUACAGUGUGAACUUACUAGUAGUUGAACUUGCAUAUUAUGUAUGUUUUAAUAUUGCCAUGCUGAUCAUUGGACGUUUUUAAUAUUUCUUUAUUAUUGAUCAUUGAAUGGUUUUAAUUAUAUUGGUUUCCUGAAAGUUUAAAGUGCCAUUGGUCUACUUAUAGUGCAUAUCAUAUUUUAUUUGAUGAGGAAAAAAAAUGUCUUUCAUAGGAAGGUGUAAAUUUAAGUCUUGGCACAGGUUCCUGCCUUAAUGCUGCAAAUCAAUUAAAUAUUUGUGUGAUAUUUUUAUAUUAUUAGGAAUUUUAACAAAUUAGUUUUUAAAAUUUUUUUGGGGGAUAUAAUGAAAUUCUUAACAAGGUCAUAAAUUGCAAGAACCAUAAUUUUUACCUUGUUUUCUCAGUAUUCAUUUAAUAUAGUUCAUAAUUUAAUUUGUAAACAAUAUGUAUGCAAUAGUUAUAUGACAGCUCUUUCAACAAUUUUUAAAAUAUAAUUUCCUGUAUUUGGGUGUUAGUUAUAAAAUAGAUUUAAAUCUCUGAAUUGAAAUUAAGACAGCACACCCUAAAGGGCCACUUGGCUGCCAGCGGCCAAGUGGUUAAGCCUGCUGAAUGCUGGUAAUUUCACCAUGACAAACUGGCUAGCUAUGUGGUUGUUUUCUUUUUCCUCUCAUGUGUAUCAUGAAUACAAGUCAGUGUCAAUUAGAAAAUCCUCCUCUAAGGCAUCUCAGGGCAGAGGCUCCUAGCAAGGUUGGUAUUGAUCCCCGGGGGUCAGUGGAAUUUUACAGGCUGCCAAUAGAUGAUAUAAAUAAAUGUCAGUAAUAGAAUAAAGGUGUAUCAUGUAGUAAGGAAGAAAUCUUAUCAAAUAUAUGUUAAAAUUAUUUAAUAUAUUUUAAAUAGUAUAGGUAAUUAAUAAUAUUUUUUAAAUGUAUAAAAUUUUUAUGCAGUUAGUGCAAAAUAUAAAAAAGUAAAGCGGUGGAACACAAGAAAACGGUAAAAAAAUAUAUAAUAUGAAUAAUGCAAAACCAGACUGGGGAAAAAAAAAAAAAAAAAAAAAAAAAGAAACAGAUUGUCUACUUUUGAAUGAAGUGAUAUUAAAAAUCAAAUUGAAUAUUUAUUAAUUUUUUAUUUUUUGCCAUAAAAUUGCAUUAAACACAUCAAGCUUAAUUCUGAUAUUAAUUAAAAUCAAAGUUGGGCGCAAUUAGAAUUUGAUUGUUUCUGAAACUCGUUUAUAUUUAUAAAAUUAAGAAUAAUAAUAAUACAAAAAGUAAUUAAACAUAAAUCUAAUAAAGUAAUUAUCUCAACUAAUCUAAUAAACUAUUAACAUGUUGAUGGCAGCACAGAUAUUCAUUGUUAUUUUCGUGCGCUUGAGUCAGCGGCCCGUUUCAUGGGGCAGCGCAGCACCAAAUUAUAAAAUUAAAAUUUAAAAAUUAAAAAAUAAAACUUAUAAAAUAAAAUUAUUAUAUUAUAUAUUUUAUAAUAUAAUGUAUUUUUUGAUAUACAAGCAAAAUUUAGUGUUUUUUUAUAUACAAGCUUUUCCAUCAGUGAGUUAUGCUGGCCCGCUGAACAAUCAAGUAUGACCCACCGGUUGGGUCAGGCCGCUCCAAGGAACUGACAAGUAUGACCCACUGGUGGGUCAGGACGGCGUCAACAUGUGAAAUUAAUUAUGUUGUAUAGAAAAAAAGGAGGUCAAUAAAGAAAAUUGUUCCUUUAAAAAUGGUCAGUGUAUAGGCAGAUAGCCCCCUGUGUUUUAGCAUAAACAAAUAACCUAACUAGGUCUCAUCUGAUUUACCAUGCUUCUAGUUUUAAUCAAUGACAGUUUUAUUGUUUGUUUACAUUUAUUUAUUUUAAGGAAAAUAGUAGGAUAGUACAGGAAUGAUGAAAUUAAAAGUAUAAAAUCAGUAAGUGGAUCAUCAGUAUUUUUUAAAGGAAUCAAAAUUUAUCCCAGCGUGAAAAUCUCUGAAUGUAAAAACAUCGUGUUUUCUAAACUCAUAAUUUAUUUUUAAAAAGAAGGCUUGUUGGUGUAAUAUAUUCGUAGAGUUGAGAUGAGCCCGCUUAGUGAAUUUAAAUUUGAUCGAAUGUCAAGUUAAUGCUUUAGUGUUAAAUACUACUUUAUUAUGUCUUUUAAUUGUUGACUGUAAUUUUUUUUUCAGUUAAAUUUUUAACUCAACGUUACAUGAAUUCUAACACAGUGGUUCUCAACCUGUCUUGCUUUCACCAUUCGUGGAGGAUCAUUCCACCUCCUUACAAAACUCAAUACAUUUAUUUAAAUUUAAAUUAUUUGUUAUAUCUUAUUAUGAAUUAAACAUGAAAAAAUUGAGAAAAUGGUGAUAAAUACCAAAGCUUGAACCCCCUGGUUGAGAACGUCUAUGCUAACAGCUAUUUUAUCAUAUUUGCCACCUGGCUGGUUUUCACUCAAAUAAGCCUGUUUUUUAGAUUUAUGGCUCAAUUGAACUAUUUUAUUUCUCCAGUUUUCAUAGAAAUUGUGACAAUGGAAGACCACCACAAACUGUUAGGGAAAAACUUUGAUACAAUAACACCACAAAAAUCUACAGCAAUACCUUUUACAAGGUGCCUACAAUAAUAGGGUGAAUUUGGUUAGGGACUUUGUGGAUACCCUGUAUAUGGCUGAAUGAUUCAUAGAAACAGCCUUUUCAGGGAAGACUUCUGCUUUUGUUUUAUAAAACUGAGAGGAAAUUGCAUAUGAUGGAAUUAAAAAUUUAAUAAUUAGUUAAAUUAAUUAAUGGAAUCAUUUUCAUUUAUGUAUUUUUAUAAUUUAUAUUUUCAUAUUUAAAAAUAAGAUUUUAGUGGUAAAAGACAUAACUAACUAAAAGUGGUAGAUCACAUAUAUGUCAUUACCAUGAUUAAUUUUCUUUUAAACUUUGGAUGCAAUUAAUUGAAAAAAAAGAAUUUUUUUUUAAUAUCCAAUGAUCCAAUAUAUCUAAAUAUCCAAUGAUCGUUGUGUUAAGGAAGAGUUUAUUAGUAUUCAUUAAUUUUUUUCCAAAAAUGUAAUAUUUUCCAUAUAAAGCUUAUUUCAUUAGGGCCAAUUAAAUUGUAAUAUAAAUUAAUAUUAAUAGCAUCUAAAUGACAAACAUUAUUUAAGUUAAAUUUUACUUGACUUGCAUAUUGAUAGAAACAGUGUGCAAGGAAUAAAUUGCUGGUGAAGUAGAAAAUAUUCUGGAAUUUAAUUAGUGCAGGAAUAAAAUGGUGGUGAAAGGAGUUGUAUUAGCACAAAUAAUAUAUAUAUAUAUACUCUACAUAUUAUUGUAAUAUGGACAUAUGUAAAUAGUUUUGAAUCUUAACAGUUUCGGUUUGUUCCACUCAGGCAAUACUAUGCUGUAAGUGAUUGCUUCUUUGUGCAGUAAAUGGAAGAGCUGUGUUUGGGACAUCCAUUAUUGUGAUAAAGUAUUUUUAUUUAUAUGAUAAAUGGUUCUUAUUAUAAAUAAUUGUAGUAAAAUAAUCAUCUUUGUAAAUAUAUCUAGAUAGGAUUUUUUGGGAGGAGUGGGAAAGAAAAAAAAAAGACUUGGUUAAUGCAUGAUUUACUCAGUGUUCAAACCCUGUUAAUUUUGUAAAAAUUACACAUUAUAUAUAAAUAUUAACUAAGACCUGGAAGAGGUGUUGGUUUUAGGACAAGUAUAAAAUCUUAUAAACCCGGAUGUUAAAAGAUAUUUUUAUUUACCUUCCAAAUGAAAACUAAACAAUGCUUUUUGGUAUAACAAAGUAAACAUUUAAAGAUAACAGGAUCCUGACUAACAUUCUAUUAUUUUUCAUUGCAGUGUAAUGGGUUUAAAAUGGGCAGUUGAUGGAUUUAAAAUUAGGCAAAACAGCAGCCUUAUGUUUGACAGAAAUUUCAACUGAACUAUUAAUUUCAAGGGUGAUAAGGGACAAGUCUCUUUUUGCGGCAGCAAAAAAUUUCUGCAGAAUUUUAUUGCUUCUGAUAAAGAGGGACCUGUGUUUAACUGCCCUCAAAAUCAAUAAGAGUUUUGCUUAAAAUAUACUCCCAAGUUUGCUGUUUUGCUAAAUUUUAAGUUUUAAUUUUGUUGUACUUCUCUUCUGUCUCAGAGGAGAAGUAAAUAAAGCAGCUGAUUAAUAAUAAAAUGGGGUAAGUAUACCAUACAAUUGAGCACCAGGACAAGUAUCAGUGCAUUUUGCAACUUUGAAAGUUUAAUAAUUUUACUAUACAAAUUUUGAUUUUUAGAUAUUGGAAUACAACUUAUUAUAGUUUCUUUUUGAAUAUCAUUCAAUUUUUGACCACAAAUUCAAUAUGAGAGGAGAAUUCGAAAUGCCAAAUUUGAAAUUUAAAACUAAAAUUGAUUUUAGAUUGGUAUUCAUUUAUUUUAAAACAUUGUAUAUUUCACAAUAGACCAACAUAGGUUUGUUUCUUUAAAACUGAUAUAUUCUACUAUAUAUUUUUGCUAUAUCAAAGAAAACAUGUGCAGUUUUUUUUUUUUUUUUUCCUGUUUGGAAAAAAUGCCAGUCUUUUGCAAAAUAUGUGGAAUUUUUGUCUGAAAUGAGCAUCAAAUUAAGACUGAUCUUGCCUAACUUUAAAUUUCAAGAAUGCUUGUUUGUUGCUAAUUGUUUAAAGUUUAUUGUUGUUGUGUUUAUUCCUUAAUUUUUUAACUUUAGAAAUUUGCUUUAUUUUUAAAAGCCAAUACUUGAUGCUGCAUAUCUUUCUGCAAAGGACUAAAGUGUACAUCCCAGUGAAAAAAUGAAAAUAUUAUAACUUGGUUUUAGGUAUUAUGCUCUUAGUUGAAAAUGUUGGUAUGUAACUUGCGGAUGAGAUUUUAGUGUCAAUAUAAUGCCCGGUAGUUUUGCAGAAAGAAAGAAAUGAUGGUUAGGAAAACAAAAAUGUUAGGUUUGUAACUGUGGUAGAAUGUGCAUUUAAGAAUUCGAAAAAAGUGAAACAUAUUUAUAAAUGAUUUAUGAUGAAACGUUUUGCAUACUUACAGUUUAACCAUGACAGUUCUUUUUUAAAUGUAGUCAAAGUAAUAAUAAAUAGUAACUAAAGUACAAAACUCAAGCCCUAAAGCUGAUUUAUCUAUCUCAUAAUAUCUUAAAAAUUAACAUAAAAAAAUUCACUGAAUGCAAGUAAUAAUAAUAA